AUGGGGAAUUCGCCCUCAGCCUCUCCGCCCUCUCUGGAACUCCUUGCCGACCCCAUCGAAGAAUUGGAGGGACGGCUGUUUUGGCCUUCCCAGCCUUACGAGGGUCCCGUGAAGCUACGAUUCUGCUGCGAUCGAUGCAGCCAAGAAGCAGUGCUGUUGCAGCCGUACCCGGAAACCUGGAAGGACUUGGUGGGUUCGCGAGGGGAGUGCUUCGCUUGCGGCUCUGUACAGAAGAUCAAAACCAAGUUCAUCGAGGCCGGCACGAGGGAGCCGAUAUGGGUGUUCAAUGGGCGCGAUGAUCGAGUCCUCGCACAACAAAUACUCAAGUUCAUCCGAAGCGCUCCACCAUCCCACAGAUCUUACGAAGCUGGUUCGCGCGUUCAUUUCGAAAAGGUGCUGCGACCAGCAAACUUUCGAGGUGAGACGCUGACCAGCGAAUCUCCCACAGACAGCGUCCUCCCUCACGAUUUUUUGUGGGAAGAUGAGGCGCUACAACUGCCGCUCAAGGAGAGACACAAGCUCUUCCUCCAGACCGCCAGAAAGAACAUCAAGACGUGGGACAGGUUCAAAGUGAGAAUUGACAGACACAGCAACAUCCUUUCGCAAGCCUACAAGCAGUUUAGUGAAGUGGCGCCCAAUAAGAUCAGGGGAUCGUUUUCUGUCAAGUUCCUGGGCGAGGAGGCGAUGGACCUGGGCGGCGUCACGAAGGAGUUCUUUCACCUGGUCAGCGAGCAGAUGCUGGAUCCGCGGGCCAACCUGUUCAUACCCCAAGGACCCAACAACACCUUUCACCCGAGCCCAUCCUCUGCAAUCAAUGAGCUGCACCUGGAAUAUUUUCGAUUUUUUGGCCGAUUCCUCGGCAAGGCGUUGAUCGAGGAGCGAUUGGUGAAGGCCCCUUUGACGCGAGCCAUCUGGAAGCUGCUGUUGGGCAAACCGCUCACCUUUGAGGACUUCCAGACUGUAGACAAACAGAUUUACAUGCGACUGUUGCAGAUGCUUGAUUUCGACGACGAGACGUUGGAAUCGUGCCAUCUGGUGUUCGCGGCGGACAUCGACGACUUUGGCCAGCCGCGGACGGUUCCGCUGAAGGAGGGCGGUGAGGACAUACCCGUCACGCGGGACAACCUCAUUGAAUGGAUCUCCCUGUACAGCAGCUGGCGCAUGCUCGACUCCGUGGCACCCCAACUUGUACAUUUACUCCAAGGGUUCUACGAAGUGGUGAUCUCCCUGUUCAACGAAUUCGAGCUCGAGCAGAUCCUCUGCGGGCUGGGCGAAAUCAACGUCGAUGAUUGGCGAAAGCACGCCGUCAUGAUCGGGUAUCGGCGGGACGAGGAUAAGGUGCAAGAGGAUUGGUUUUGGGAAAUUUUGACGGAGGACUUCAACAACACUCAGAGAGGCCAAGUGCUCCAGUUUGUCACCGGCUCAGCCCAGGUACCUGUUUCGUUCCAAUACCUGCAUCCACGCUUCACGGUGGCCCUCGUGCGCGGUCUCAAGAAGGAUAGCUUCCCCUAUGGGCACACAUGCUUCAACCGGGUGGACUUCCCGGUGUAUUCGUCGAAGGAGAAGAUGCGGGUAGGCCUGCUCAAGGCGCUGGACCUUGGCCUCGUUGGCUUCGCCCUCCGCUGA